AUGUUUAGAUUAGCUAAUUCGCAAUCUUUCAGGCCAUUUGUCGGGGUAGUUCGCCCACUUACCUUAAGAUUAGUAUCGACCGUGAGUACGAUUCCAAAGACCCAAAAAGCCGUUAUUUUCUACGAAAAUGGCGGGGAACUACAUUAUAAGGAUAUUCCUGUUCCAAAACCCAAGCCAAAUGAACUGUUGAUAAAUGUUAAGUACUCAGGUGUUUGUCAUACUGAUUUACACGCUUGGAAGGGUGACUGGCCACUGGCUACUAAGCUGCCUUUAGUUGGCGGUCAUGAAGGUGCAGGUGUUGUUGUUGGUAUGGGUGAAAGUGUUAGGGGUUGGAAAAUCGGUGAUCUUGCGGGAAUCAAGUGGCUGAAUGGAUCAUGUAUGUCUUGUGAAUACUGUGAACAAUCUCAUGAAUCCAACUGUCCAGAGGCCGAUUUGUCUGGUUACACUCAUGAUGGUUCUUUCCAACAAUAUGCAACUGCGGAUGCUGUUCAGGCUGCUAAAAUCCCAGAUGGUACUAACUUAGCCGAAGUUGCUCCGAUUUUAUGUGCGGGUAUCACUGUUUACAAGGCAUUGAAGACAUCAGGUGUAAAGAGUGGUGAAUGGGUAGCGAUUUCGGGUGCAGCAGGUGGUUUAGGAUCUUUGGCUGUGCAAUAUGCAAAGGCUAUGGGUUUCCGUGUUUUAGGUAUUGAUGGUGGUGAGGACAAGGGUCAGUUAGUGAAAUCAUUAGGAGCUGACCACUUUGUGGAUUACACGAAGACAAACGAUGUUGUUGAUGCAAUCCUUAAGGCUACAAGUGGGGGCCCACACGGUGUGAUCAAUGUCUCAGUGUCUGAGAAGGCUAUUGCGCAAUCUGUUGAAUAUGUUCGUCCCACAGGAACUGUUGUUCUAGUUGGUUUACCGGCUAAUGCAGUAAUCUCUUCGGAGAUUUUCUCGCAUGUCAUAAAAACAAUAAACAUAAAGGGCUCAUAUGUGGGAAACCGUGCGGACACUAGGGAAGCUAUUGACUUCUACACUAGAGGUUUGGUAAAAUCACCUAUCCGUGUGAUUGGCUUGUCAGAGUUACCUCAUGCAUACGAGCUUAUGGAGAAGGGUAAAGUUUUGGGUCGUAUAGUCGUCGACACCUCAAAAUAA